AGUCGAAGUCGAAGUCUGACAGUGUCUAACGCUGGCUUUCACAUUCUAAUAAUCCAUAAUAACGUUCGACUACUGCCAACUAAAGCGCUUGACGUAAAUCUUGUUAGAGUCAAAUAGAUUAAAAUUGUUCUUCGAUUUGAUUCUAUAACAUAUCAUGGGUUGCGAUGGUGGAACUAUACCUCGUAGAGACGAGCUCGUAAGGGUUAAGAAGAAGCCAGAACAGAAAGAUAAAGAAGCAGAGUUAGCAUUUAAAUGGAGGCACUGCACAAUAAGACAGUUACCAUUACAACAGCCAGUGGUUGGCUGCAGCUUGGGACGUCUUUACAGCAAGGAAUCAGUGUUGGAAGGUCUUCUCGAUCGUACUACUCUUCCAGAAUCAGCCCAACAUAUCAAAACCUUGAAAGAUGUUAAGGCUCUGAAUUUGACACCAAACCCAGCAUUCGAGGCUAACAAAGCUAAGAAGGGAGAUUGCUAUACAGACGAAGGAAAGAGUCCUUACAUUUGUCCACUCAUUGGAUUGGAGAUGAACGGCAAAUACAAAUUUUGCUUUUUGUGGUCAUGUGGGUGUGUGAUGAGUGAAAGAGCACUUAAAGAAGUAAAGAGCAAGAUAUGCCACCAGUGCCAACAGUCUUUUACUGAAACGGAUAUCGUUAUACUAAAUGCGGAAGGUGACGAUCUUAAAUUGAUGGAGGAGAAAAUGGUGCUCCGAAAGGCAACACAGAAAAAAUCUAAAAAACAAAAGCACACUGAAGAUAAUCAAGGGCAAGAUGUCAAGGAAGAAGAAGUACCUAAAAAGAAAAUAAAGAAGGAUGAUAAAACUCAUCAUAAGAUUAACAACAAUAGAACAGAAGCUAAAGAUCCAGCGUAUAAAAAGAUCAAAGACGAUUACAGCGUAGCGAAGGAUCCCAAAGCUUCAGAAGUUUUCAAAAGUAUUUUCACGUCUCAUAAGUCUGCCACAGACCAGGACAGGGCACAUUGGGUUACAUACAAUCCGUUUUACAAUUAAGAUGUAAUGUAAUUUGUGCAUUUUAGAAUGCAUUAUGAACGUUGAAAUAUUUGUAUUGUUAAAUAAAUAAUUUUAUAUAUGCAUAUAUAUAUAUAUAUAU